UCUCUUUAUUGACUGCCCAUCGCUAGUGCUCUGCCAUCAACGUGCUCUCUUUUCUUUGUAUUACUUUUUAUCAAUGCGCAAGAAAACCAAAUCAAAGCCAAAGGAAAACAAAGACGCGCAGAAUGAGUGAUCUUGAGGGGAUGGACAGCGACAGGCUCAACGAGCUGGAAUCGAUUCUAUAUGCCUCGAUCCACUACAGCGAUGGAACUGGUGAGGAAAGUGCCCUGGAUCAGGCAGCGAUGGAGUCACCCAGCGACCUGGAUGCCAGAAACAUGCCACCGCCAUUGCAGCUGCAGCAGAAGCAUCCAAAUCCUGGCCAGCGUUUCGUUAGCGGAACGCGUGUGAUUAACAACAACAAUGCGGGCCAGAAACAGAAAUCGCGCUACUGGGUGGAUGGAGCGGAGGGGAAGGGACAGGGACAGGUGGUGCAGGCGGAAGAACAGCAGACGAUCACAAACAAAACAAUCCCAGUUGCUGAAGAACCUACCUCUCCAUCACCCAAGGAUUUGGAGAAGCCGAAAGACAAAACCCCAUUGCUGACGCCCAAAAAAGGAACGCCCAACCUACAAAAAACACCAAUUCAGACACCAAAACAGCAGCAAAAUGCUCAUGCAAAGUCAUUGCCCAAGCAACAAAAUCAGCAGCCAAAACUGCCACAAGACCAGAAGACAAAACUGCCACAAAAUCAGCAUCCAAAACAACAAAAUCAGCAUACAAAGCCACAACAAAAUCAACAACAAAAGCAGCAGCAAAAUCAGAAGCCAAAGCAACAACAGUCGAACCAGCAGCAAAAUCAGCAGAAGAAGUCGUUGCCCAAGCAGUCGCCAGUAGUACAAAAACCAAAACCGCAGGAAGCCAAUCCCGCCAAAGUUAACCAGGAAGCCUACGAGGAGGAGCGAUUUGACCAGAGGCUUCUAGUAGCCAUCCCACCAAACUGCCCGCCCAAGAAACAGAACAAGCAGCAGCAAAUAAAGCAGCAACCGCAAAAUAAACUGCAGCAGAAGAAACAGCAGCAGCAACAACAGAACAAACAGCAGCAGCAACCAGGACCGGGACCCUUUGGCAAGGCCAAGCGGAAGCUAGAGCAGAUGGAACGCCUGGCUGCCAAAAAGCAGAAAUCUAAACAGGCUCAGUUGAAUAAGAAGCAGCGCAAGCAGGAAUCUUCACUAGUGGAGUUCGUGGACCUGGCAGAAAGCAGCCAAACCUCAGACGACGAUGAUGUGGUCCAUGUGCCACUGUCCCCAGAUCCCAUCAUCGAUCUGGACGAGAGCGAUGGAGAACAACCCUGCACUUCAUCACAGCUGUUUCACGAGGAGAAUGCCAUGGACGCGACGGAUGUGAAAAUGGGAUUGUCUUGCAUCACUGAACAGGGAGAGAUAGGAGAAGUGACUGGCAGUAUUACACCAUCCAUGCACUCGCCCUGUUGUUCUGUCAUGUCCAGCGAUGACUUUAUAGUGCAGAAGGAUACCUGUCGCCUGUUGGCAGAACGUGAGAAAGAUGAAGAUCUUCUAGUACUAACGGAGAAUGCUAUAAGGGAAGCUGUUGGUGAGGAACUGCACGAAAAGGAGGUUGUGGUGGUGGGUGAGCAGAGCAUAUCUAAAAAUCCAGAAACAGAUCCAGCGGCUGAUACCUCCUCGGAGUAUGAGUUUGUUCCCCCUUCGCGUCUGGAGGAGAUUAAGCGAAACUAUCGUGUGGAUGAGCAGCAAUUUAGAGCCUUGGACGUUUACGAAAGCGAAUCCGAUCUCACUGAGAGUGGCGUCUACUCGAAAGCCAAGUUGAAGACUACGCCGACGAUCAUACGCAGCGUGGACUCGCCCUCGGACAGCUCUUCCGUGGAGGAGGUAGUGGAUUCCAGUGUGCAGAAGACCAAGCGUCUGCGUAAGCGCUCAUGUUCAACAACCAACCAUAGCCAAUCGGACCCAAACAACGAGGAUGGGUUAGACGAUUCAGAUAGCGACGAUGGGGUCCAUACCACUGGAGUUCCUGGCAUAGCCCGUGGUAUGGCUGUGGAGCGAUUCAAGCGCAAGAUUCGCAGAAUCAGCAUAAGACGAAACUCUGAUGAAAAUCCGAAGAAAACUGCCCGCAUUCAAAUGCCAAAGUCAUCUGCGAGCCAAGAGGCUAGCUCUGAAUCCGCUUCCGAGGAUGCACUGCCAAGUGCCAGGGAAAUAGCCGAGAGAUUACUUAAUCAGGAAAAAAGACGGGGAAGUGAACAGGUUCAAGAAUCUACUAUAGACCCAUCUGAUCCCGUUUCCGUUGCCUCCGAGGUGGAUUCUCAAGGUGAAACAGAGUUCCACGAUGACAGGACCGGACGUUUGGCGUCGUUAUUUGAGCGCAUGGAUGCCCAAGCCCGAAAAUCGCAGGAGGAGGAACAAAUGGAUGCCAGUGGUUACCUUUCCGAUGAAGAGGAUUCCCGAGACAUAACUGCAGACACCACGGUGCGAUCCGAGGAGGAUGUGGAUGCCUCCAACGAGCUUGAGGAGGCCGAUCCAGAGGAGCAUGACGUAGAUGCGUCGAUGGAAGAGCCUGCCGUGCAAGUGGAGCACAGACUGCCACUUCUAACGGACGACGAUCUGCUUAAGGGCGGACAACUCAUUGGCUGGAACGAGGAGAUGUGCCGCUUCUAUAAUGACAGCUGGAAUGGCGAACACUUCUCUGUUUACAAGCUUCAAAAAAGCAUGAAUGCACAUCGCCAGGAGUGGAGGCUCAACAAUGCGGAUAGAUAUCCGGUAGCACGACACCGUUCCCACGCUAAGUGCACCAACUGCUUUGAGAUGGGCCACGUGCGAUCAAAGUGCCCGCGUCCCCGCAAGCCACUCGUUUGCUUUCUGUGCGGCAAAGUAGGCCAUGCCGAACCUCGCUGUCCCAAUGCCAUCUGUUUUGGGUGCGGAUCAAAGCAGGCGAUUUAUGUGCAGCAGUGCAACAAGUGCUCCUUCUACAGCCGAUUGGUCUGUCAGCUGUGCAAGAUGAGGGGCCACGGCAUGGAUCAGUGCCCGGACAAGUGGCGCCGCUAUCACUCUACGACUCGAUCCAACGUACAACUAGAUAACAGGGUGCAGUACAGGAACAAACAGUGCAGCUACUGCGCCGGACGCCAUCUCUUUGAGAACUGCCGCCAGCGUAUUGGCGACUUUCGCAGCACCAACUAUACGAGCGAAAUUGUGUCGCACCAGAGAGUCUACAAGAAUCGCGGUGGACCCAUGGGCUAUCUUGGCGAUCUGAGCAGCUUCUUUGCCAUUCAAACUCCAUUUCACUUUAAAUGGAACAGUUCGAAUAUUCCCAAAUACAGCUACUAUGCUAGGUUUCUUAUUCAUGUGAACUUGGCUAGGGCUCAGACAGUCAAAAGGAAGUCAACCACUGCUCUGACCGAGAUCCCAGCAAAGGUCUAUACCCACGACUAUGUGCCCAAUGCUCAGGUUAAGGCGGCUCGGGGAGAGGUCCCAACUGGAAUGGCUAAGAGAUCGCCUACAAAACAGAAGAAGCAGCCUGCUGUUAAGGAAAUUGUUGAUGUGCAACCUGAAGAUAAGCAACCUGAAGAGAAGCAACCUGAAGAGGAGCAACCCGAAGAGGAGCAAACGGAAGAGGAGCAUCCGGAAGAUAAGCAGUCGGAAGAAGAACAACCUAAAAAUCAACAACCUGAUGAGGAACAACCUGAUGAGGAGCAACCUGAUAAGGAACAAGCUGAUGAGGAGCAACCUGAUGAGGAGCAGCCUGUGGAUGAUGCUGCUGAGACAAAUCCUUCGGUUUCCAUUCAGCGUAAAGAGAUAACCACCAAUUUUCAGACUCCACAAAUGGAGGCCACCAAAGCUAAACCAUCGGUGGCACCCCAUGAGCUGGACUCUGAUUCGAAUUACAGUUUCUCCGAGCACUUCGAGGUGCCCAGCUCGACAACCAGCGAGGAUCAAGAGGCUAGACCUACCACCCAACUACCAGUCGGCCAUCCCAUGGCAUCUCUGCCCGAUGUUAUACCUCUAAGUGCAAGUUUGAAUGAUGAUUUCGAAAUCUCCUCCCACGGCCAAGGCAUUUCCAUGUGUGUUAACGCUAACAGUACAUAUACCGAACACCUCGAUCCGGACUCGAGUGAAGAGCUGCCAGAUAUCCCAAGCGAGGGUAAGAUCAUCAUGGCGCGUGACCAAUCCGAGUACUUGUUUAGUCCUGAGGGCCGAAAUUUCCUGGCUUCGGCCGCCAAAGAGUGCCAAGUAAGCGUGCGCAUGGACUUUAAGGACUACGGCUAUGUACUGGUGAUCUAUGGCCUUAAAAAGCACCAGGAGGAGUUGCAAGUGAAACUGCUGCGUCGCAACCAGGAAGUCAAGCGCAAGAGCAUCGAGUUUCAGAGCCAGAAACCCCCCAAACGGAUCGAUGUACUCAUCCGCUUUAUGCGAGAUGGGAUCAAUAGUCUGAACACCAAUCUGGGCAAUGCUAAGAGCCACUAUCAGCGCAUCAAGGAGCUGGAAGAGUUGAACACCAAAAACGGCUUUAAGAUGGCCGAAAAGAAGCGUCGCCAGUUGAACAUGAUCCUGGUGGGCCAGGCGGGACUCGUGAAUGGCAAAACCCACCUUGAUCAGCUGCUGGUUUUGUUGCGUCGUCUGCUAGAUGAUUUCUCGCCAGAUGAGAACGCCACACCACAGAUGCGCAACGAAAUCGAGGAUCACUGGCGCAUGAUCUUCACUGCGUAUCCGCAUCCUAAUUACGACUCACUGUUGAAUAGUUACGGCCGUCUGGAUCAGAAGAAUCGCUUGCCGUCGCUUCACAUAGAUCCGUUGCUGCUGGGAUUUCAGCAAAAGAAAUCGCAGAAUCAACCGCAAUCGCCGAAUAAACGUGCUCAGUCGCCAACUCCUCCUCCGCCGUCGUGGCUGCAUAUGGCUCCGCCACCACCCCCGAAAAUGCCAAAGAAAAAGCAACAAACGGGACAGCAGCAGCCGAAUCAGCAGCAACCGAAUCAGCAGCAGCCGAAUCAGCAGCAGCAGCAGAAACAACAGCAGCAAAAACAGCAAAACCAACAGCAACGUCUGCAACAGCAGCAACAACAGCAGCAGCAACAUCAACAACAACGUAUUCAACAGCAGCAGCAACAUCAACAACAACGUGUGCAGCAGCAGCAACAACAGCAGCAACGUAUGCAACAGCAGCAACAAAACAACCAGCAACAUCAGAGAGAACGACAGCAGCAGCAGCAACUUCGACGUCCGCAAUCCAACCAGAUGCCCUACAAUAAUCCCCAGCAACGAUCGCGAGCCGAUCUGCAGCUGCACCAGACUCUCAACCCGGAGUGCGACCGCCUGCUGGCUGAGAUGGAUCAGGACGAGCGUGGCAGCAUCAACAAGGACGCCAACAAACCGUCCAUGUUCUGGUCACGCGAAUCGCUCAAGUACCUCGACGAUCUUUUUAAGAUGACCUCCAAUAGGGACACCGUGGAACGCCUGAAUCGGGUGCUAAAGCGAUCGCAGCGCGGUCUGUUGUCCCACAACGACUACCGUGCGGUUAUCCGACUGCACUCUCUAUUGUGCAACUGAGGAUUGGCCAUGGGCUUAGGGGUUCUUCCUGGGGGGGUCGCUUUCAUUUUGUUCAACAAAUGCCAACAAAUUUCACAAUGGGUAUCUGAAAGAUUUUACCCAAAUACCGAAUAAACACAUAACUGACUAUUUUCAAAAUAGGUCGAUCUUAUCAUUUGAUUUAUUGAUGGAAUAAUUUCCAAACAAUUCUGUGGAAAUUGCACAUGGACUAAAGUUACAUUUUUGAUUUUAAUCAUAAAUCCAAGAAUUUCUUCGAUGCAAAUUAGAAUUCAUCAAUAAUUUGGUUUCUUUUAGACAAAACAUUGAAGAUUAAAUAAUAUUGAUAUUAGUUACGUAAGCGUAGAUAAAUGAUGAAUUGUUUUUUGAAGGUGACUUCUGAGAACCCAAAACCCAAAUAAAAAACUGACUAAUUUUGUA